AUUCCAUUCACUCAUACAUUCAUACAUAUUUCAGCAACCACCUGGGUAGACUUAUUGUCAUUGUCAUCUUAGAAUUGCGAGUCUAUAUUCUAUUUAUAUAUACUUUUUAUUCUGUUAUUUACUUAGCGAUUUUUAUCUAUUUUUAAUAUAUCAUAUCCAGCUCCGAGUGUAAUAACUUGCUUUUGAAAUUACUCCAAGUUUAUCCUUUCAUAAACACCUACCAAGUUUCAACAUGCCAAUCCCACCGUCUGAGUACAUAAGCAAUGUAUGGAAGCAAGGAAUAUUCGAUGGUCGCGUAGUGUUCGUCACCGGCGGUGCUGGAACAAUAUGCAGCGCGCAGACAAGGGCUCUAGUUCACCUCGGAGCCAACGCCUGCAUCAUCGGCCGCAACCAAGAGAAGACAGAAGCGGCUGCUAGAGAUAUCGCAACAUCAAGAAAGGGCGCGAAGGUCAUCGGAAUUGGUAGCUGUGACGUAAGAAAUCCUGACGACUUAGUCAAGGCCGCCGAGAGAUGUGUGAAGGAGCUUGGCGCCAUUGACUUCGUUAUAGCCGGUGCUGCUGGUAAUUUCGUAGCCCCUAUUUCAGGUCUCACCUCCAACGGGUUCAAGGCAGUCAUGGAAAUUGACGUGCUUGGAACUUAUAACACUGUUAAGGCUACAAUACCCUACCUUAUCGAAUCGGCCGCGAGGAAUAAAGGAAAUCCAGGCGGAUUGACGGGAGGGAGAAUUAUCUACAUAUCCGCCACGUUUCACUAUACCGCGAUGCCUAUGCAAGCACAUGUCAUGGCUGCAAAAGCAUCUGUAGACUCGAUCAUGGCAUCCGUAGCAUUGGAGUACGGGCCAUAUGGCAUUACAUCUAACGUCAUCGCACCUGGUGGUAUUGGGGGGACGGAAGGCAUGGAGAGACUCACAAGCAGCCGGGUAGACCUAAAUGCUGCCGCCUCUGACAUUCCUCUAGGUCGAUUUGGCGUGGUUAAGGACAUCGCAGAUGCAACAGUCUACCUCUUCAGCGACGCGGGCAAUUACGUAUCCGGAGAGGUCCUUGUCGUAGACGGCGCUGAUUGGAGGAAUAAAGGAUUGACCGUCGGCGUUGACGCUGAUAUGAAAUAUCCCGACUUUCUACUCAAGGGCGAGUUCUCCAAAUAUGUCAAGGGCGGCAAAAAGGAGAAGCCGAAGCUUUGAGUAGUUUCUGCCGAAACGGCGGUUACUGCUGGUGUGUGGUUUGCGACAUGGCGAGUAUCCUUGAAAUGCAUGGAUUCUGCGCAAAAUGGGACUGUAUUAUUCCAAUCAGGUUCAACAAGGAACAUCGAGGCGAACACAUACAUAUCACUUAUAAACAAACCAUUGUAUUUUAUUUGUGGCUUCAAUGGUCGAUAAAUCGAUAUAUUAGUAGUUAGGAGUCAUGGAAUAAGAAAUAAGGUCAGUGCCUUUGUGCAAGCUACCUAUACAACAAGCUGGUGUCGUGAAGAUUCUGAUGCCACAAAUAUAUGCUAAAACUCAUGGGUGGGUGGACAUAAAUAAAUCAGGAUGCAGACAGUCGAGGCGUACCGAAAGCACUAAGCAAGACAAUAUAAUGUUGUAAAAUAUAGAAACGAACAAGUUGACCAAGGCGGGGAGACAUAAUGAAAGUAUGAUAAACGAAUACAUACCUACCUAUAAC